AAUCCCUUUGCCUUUCGCACAGGCGGCUGCGGGUGACCGUCCUUCCCGGCUGCGUGGGCUGCAGGACCGUGGCCGCUCUGGAGUCCUGGACCGCGCGCGACGUCAAGGAGAGCAUCGCGGCGGAGACGGGCUUCCCGGUGUCGGAGCAGCGGCUGUGGCUCGGCGACCGGGAGUUACCUGACUGGAUCAAGAUUGGAGAACUGACUUCCAAAAAUUGUCAUCUUUUUGUAAACCUUCAAUCAAAAGGCUUAAAAGGGGGAGGUAGAUUUGGUCAAACAACUCCACCACUUGUUGAUUUUCUCAAGGACAUAUUAAGAAGAUAUCCAGAAGGAGGACAGAUUCUUAAGGAAUUAAUUCAGAACGCAGAAGAUGCUGGUGCCACAGAAGUAAAAUUUUUGUAUGAUGAAACUCAAUAUGGAACAGAGACUCUUUGGUCAAAAGAUAUGGCACAAUAUCAGGGGUCAGCUCUCUAUGUAUACAACAAUGCAGUUUUCACCCCAGAGGACUGGCAUGGUAUUCAAGAAAUUGCAAGAAGCAGGAAGAAGGAUGACCCUUUGAAGGUUGGAAGAUUUGGAAUUGGCUUCAAUUCUGUCUAUCACAUAACAGAUGUUCCUUGUAUUUUUAGUGGUGACCAGAUUGGGAUGUUGGAUCCUCAUCAAACACUUUUUGGUCCGCACGAAUCAGGUCAAUGUUGGAAUCUCAAAGAUGACAGCGAAGAAAUUAGUGAACUUUCAGACCAGUUUGCGCCAUUUAUUGGCAUUUUUGGAAGCUCCAAGGAAACAUUUAUAAACGGCCAUUUUCCAGGAACAUUUUUCCGUUUUCCUCUUCGCCUACAACCUUCUCAGCUUAGUAAUAACCUCUACAAUAAGCAAAAGGUUCUUGAGUUGUUUGAAUCUUUUAGAGCAGAUGCAGACACAGUGCUGCUGUUUCUAAAAAGUGUGCAGGAUGUCUCCUUACAUGUCCGAGAGGCUGAUGGAACAGAGAAACUAGUGUUUAAAGUGACUGCUAGUGAGAAUAAGGCCCUGAAACAGGAACGGCCAAAUUCUGUCAAGAUUCUGGAAACUGCUAUAAGUAACUAUUGUAAAAAGAUUCCAAGCAAUAGCAUAACCUGUGUAACAUAUCAUAUAAAUAUAGUUUUAGAAGACGAGAGUACGAAGGACACACAAAAGACAUCUUGGUUGGUGUGUAACAGUGUGGGUGGGCGAGGAAUGAGUAGUAAACUUGAUUCUUUAGCUGAUGAAUUGAAAUUCGUCCCAACCAUUGGAAUAGCUAUGUCUUUAUCAAAUAGAGAUGAUAAAGAAAAAGGAGCAACAUCUGAUUUCUCAGGAAAAGCAUUUUGUUUUCUUCCCUUGCCUCCUGGCGAGGAGAGUAAAACAGGCCUUCCAGUUCACAUCAGUGGGUUCUUUGGCCUGACUGACAAUCGCAGAAGCAUAAAAUGGAGAGAGUUGGACCAGUGGAGAGAUCCAGCUGCCUUAUGGAAUGAAUUUCUGAUCAUGAAUGUUGUCCCUAAAGCCUAUGCUACUCUGAUCUUAGAUUCUAUAAAACGCCUGGAGUCAAAGAAGAGCUCCGACUUGCCCUUGUCAGUUGACAUAAUCUAUAAGCUUUGGCCUGAUGUGAACAAAGUCAAGAUGCACUGGCAACCGGUAUUAGAGCCUCUAUUCAGCGAGCUGUUCCAGAAUGCAGUUAUUUAUUCUAUUAGCAAUCACUGGGUCAAGUUGGAGCAGGCUUACUUCUCAGAACUUGAUGAAAGUUUGGAACACACAAAGACUGUGCUCAACUACCUCCAUAGCUCAGGAAAGCAGAUUGUCAAGGUACCAGCGAAUCUGGCUGCAGCCGUGCAGCUCACUGUCUCCAGUGAGAAACCUGUGCGGAAGGUGACACCUGCAUGGGUGCGGCAGGUGCUGAGGAAGUCUGUACACCUGGGUAGUGCUGAAGAAAAGCUUCACCUCUUAGAAUUCGUGCUGUCUGACCAAGCUUAUAGUGAACUGCUUGGGUUGGAGCUGCUACCUUUACAAAAUGGAAAUUUUAUUCCCUUCUCCUCAUCUGUAUCAGAUCAAGAUGUUAUUUAUAUUACCUCAGAAGACUAUCCAAGGUCGCUUUUCCCAGGCCUUGAAGGAAGAUUUAUUUUGGAUAACUUGAAGCCUCACCUUCUAGCUGCUUUAAAGGAAGCUGCCCAAACCCGAGGAAGACCAUGUACUCAGCUGCAGCUUCUAAAUCCAGAACGAUUUGCACGUCUAAUCAAAGAAGUAAUGAAUACAUUCUGGCCUGGCAGAGAGUUGAUCGUUCAAUGGUAUCCAUUUGAUGAAGACAAAAAUCAUCCAUCUGUUUCAUGGCUUAAAAUGGUUUGGAGGAAUCUCUAUAUACAUUUUUCAGAGGAUUUGACUUUAUUUGAUGAGAUGCCACUCGUCCCCAGAACUACACUAGAAGAAGGUCAGACAUGUGUGGAACUCAUUAGACUCAGGAUUCCAUCAUUAGUCAUUUUAGAUGAUGAAUCUGAAGCACAACUUCCGGAAUUUUUAGCUGACAUUGUACAGAAACUUGGAGGGAUUGUCCUUAAGAAAUUAGAUGCCUUCAUAAAACAUCCACUUGUUAAAAAUUACAUUCAUUCACCAUUACCAAGUGCUGUUUUGCAGAUAAUGGAGAAGAUGCCAUUGCAAAAAUUGUGUAAUCAAAUAGCUUCAUUACUUCCGACACACAAAGAUGCCCUGAGGAAGUUCCUAGCCACUUUAACUGAUAGCAGCGAAAAGGAAAAAAGAAUAAUUCAGGAAUUGGCAAUAUUUAAACGAAUUAACAAUUCAUCUGGUCAGGGAAUUUCCUCUUAUACAAAACUGAAAGGUUGUAAAGUCUUGCACCAUACUGCCAAACUUCCUCCAGAUCUGCGACUCUCUAUUUCAGUAAUAGACAGCAAUGAUGAAGCUACUAUUCGCUUGGCAAACAUGUUGAAAAUAGAGACGUUAAAGACCUCUAGCUGCUUAAAGCUUGUUUUAAAAGAUAUUGAAAAUGGAUUUUAUUCACAUGUAGAGAUAACACACCUUAUGUUAUGGAUCCUUGAGAAUCUGUCCUCUCUUAAAAAUGAGAAUCCAAAUGUACUUGAUUGGUUAAUGCCAUUAAAAUUCAUCCAGAUUUCACAGGAAAGAAUGGUAUCAGCCAGUGAACUCUUUGAUCCUGAUAUAGAAGUACUAAAGGAUCUCUUUUAUAGUGAAGAAGAAACUUGCUUCCCACCUUCAGUUUUUACCUCACCAGAUAUUCUUCACUCUUUAAGACAGAUUGGUUUAAAAAACGAAGCCAGUCUCAAAGAGAAAGAUGUUGUACAAGUGGCAAAAAAAAUUGAAGCCUUACAGGUCAGUGCUUGUUCAAAUCAGGAAGUUCUCACAAAGAAAGCCAAAACACUCUUACUGGUUUUAAAUAAGAAUCAUACAUUGUUGCAGUCAUCUGAAGGAAUGAUGACACUGAAGAAAAUAAAAUGGGUUCCAGCUUGCAAGAAAAGGCCUCCAAAUUAUCCAGGUUCUUUAGUAUGGAAAGGGGAUCUCUGUAGUCUUUGUGCACCACCAGAGAUGUGUGAUGCAGCCCAUGCAAUUCUAGUUGGCUCAGCACUUCCUCUUGUUGAAAGUAUCCAUGUGAACUUGGAAAAAGGUCUAGGUAUCUUCACAAAACCUAGCAUUAGUGCAGUCUUGAAACACUUUAAAAUUGUUGUUGAGUGGUAUACUUCGAAAACUUUUAGUGAUGAAGACUACUACCAGUUCCAACAUAUUUUGCUUGAAAUUUAUGGAUUCAUGCAUGAUCAUUUAAAUGAAGGGAAAGAUGCUUUCAGAGCCUUAAAAUUUCCCUGGGUUUGGACUGGCAAAAAAUUUUGUCCCCUCGCCCAAGCUGUGAUAAAACCAUUCCAUGAUCUUGAUCUUCAGCCUUAUUUGCAUAAUGUGCCCAAAACCAUGGUAAAAUUCCACCAACUGUUUAAGGUCUGUGGUUCAAUAGAGGAGCUAACAUCAGAUCAUAUAUCCAUGGUUAUUCAGAAGGUAUAUCUCAAAAGUGAUCAAGAUCUCAGUGAACAAGAAAGCAAACAAAAUCUUCAUCUUAUGUUAAAUAUUAUCAGAUGGCUAUAUAGCAAUCAGAUUCCAGUAAGCCCGAACACACCAGUUCCUAUACAUCAUAACAGAAAUCCUUCUAAACUAAUCAUGAAGUCAAUUCAUGAAUGCUGUUAUUGUGACAUCAAAGUUGAUGAUCUUAAUGACUUAUUGGAAGAUUCAGUGGAACCAAUCAUUUUGGUACAUGAGGACAUACCUAUGAAAACUGCUGAGUGGCUGAAAGUUCCAUGCCUUAGUACAAGAUUGAUCAAUCCUGAAAACAUGGGAUUUGAACAGUCUGGACAAAGAGAACCACUUACUGUAAGAAUUAAAAAUAUUUUGGAAGAGUACCCUUCAGUGUCAGAUAUUUUUAAAGAACUUCUUCAAAAUGCUGAUGAUGCAAAUGCAACAGAAUGCAGUUUCAUGAUUGAUAUGAGAAGAAAUAUGGAUAUUCGAGAGAAUCUUCUGGACCCAGGGAUGGCAGCGUGUCAUGGGCCUGCUUUGUGGUCAUUCAAUAAUUCUGAAUUCUCAGAUUCAGAUUUUGUUAACAUAACUAGGUUAGGGGAAUCUUUAAAAAGAGGAGAAGUAGACAAAGUUGGUAAAUUUGGUCUUGGAUUUAAUUCUGUGUACCAUAUUACUGACAUUCCUAUCAUUAUGAGUCGAGAAUUCAUGAUAAUGUUCGAUCCAAACAUAAACCAUAUCAGUAAACACAUUAAAGACAGAUCUAAUCCUGGGAUCAAAAUUAAUUGGAGUAAACAACAGAAAAGACUUAGGAAGUUUCCUAAUCAGUUCAAACCAUUUAUAGAUGUUUUUGGCUGUCAGUUACCCUUGACUGUAGAAACACCUUACAGCUGUAGUGAAGUUAGUAAUACCUGUUAUAAUACAGCAGAUAUUUACUCUCUUGUGGAUGAGUUUAGUCUGUGUGGACACAGGCUUAUCAUUUUCACUCAGAGUGUAAACUCAAUGUAUUUGAAGUACUUGAAAAUUGAGGAAAGCAAUCCCAGCUUAGCACAAGAUACAAUAAUAAUUAAAAAAAAAAUCUGCUCUUCCAAAGCAUUGAAUACACCUAUCUUAAGUGUUUUAAAAGAAGCUGCUGAGCUUAUGAAAACUUGCAGUGGCAGUAAUAAAAAGCCGCCUACUGAUGCACCAAAGUCAUCUUGCAUUCUUCAGAUCACAGUUGAAGAAUUUCACCAUGUGUUCAGAAGGAUUGCUGAUUUACAUUCACCACUUUUUAGAGGUCCAGAUGAUGACCCAGCUGCUCUCUUUGAAAUGGCUAAAUCUGGGCAAUCAAAAAAGCAAUCAGAUGAGUUGUCACAAAAAACAGUAGAGUGCACCACGUGGCUUAUAUGUACCUGCAUGGAUACAGGAGAGGCUCUGAAGUUUUCCCUGAAUGAAAGUGGAAGAAGACUAGGACUGGUUCCUUGUGGUGCAGUAGGAGUUCUGUUGUCUGAAGUCCAGGACCAGAAGUGGGCUGUGAAACCACACGUUGGAGAGAUGUUUUGCUAUUUGCCUUUACGAAUAAAAACAGGAUUGCCAAUUCACAUCAAUGGGUGCUUUGCUGUAACUUCCAAUAGAAAAGAAAUCUGGAAGACAGAUACAAAAGGACGAUGGAAUACCACCUUCAUGAGACAUGUUAUUGUGAAAGCUUACUUAGAGGCACUCAGUGUCCUACGUGACCUGGCCACCAGUGGGGAGUUAAUGGACUAUACUUACUAUGCAAUGUGGCCUGAUCCCAAUUUAGUUCAUGAUGAUUUUUCUGUAAUUUGUCAAGGAUUUUAUGAAGAUAUAGCUCAUGGAAAAGGGAAAGAAUUGACCAGAGUCUUCUCUGAUGGAUCUAUGUGGGUUUCCAUGAAGAAUGUGAGAUUUCUAGAUGACUCAAUACUUAAAAGAGAUGUUGGUCCAGCAGCCUUCAAGAUAUUUUUAAAAUACCUCAAGAAGACUGGGUCAAAAAACCUUUGUGCUGUUGAACUUCCUUCUUCAGUAAAAUUAGGAUUUGAAGAAGCUGGCUGCAAACAGAUACUGCUUGAGAAUACAUUUUCAGAGAAACAGUUUUUUUCAGAAGUAUUUUUUCCAAAUAUUCAAGAAAUUGAAGCAGAACUCAGAGAUCCUUUAAUGAAUUUUGUUUUAAAUGAAAAAAUUGAUGAAUUCUCAGGAAUUCUUCGUGUUACUCCAUGUAUUCCUUGCUCUUUAGAGGGACAUCCUUUGGUUUUACCAUCAAGAUUAAUUCAUCCUGAAGGACGAGUUGCAAAGUUAUUUGAUACUAAAGAUGGACGAUUUCCUUAUGGUUCUACUCAGGAUUAUCUUAAUCCUAUUAUUUUGAUUAAGCUAGUUCAGUUAGGUAUGGCAAAAGAUGAUAUUUUAUGGGAUGACAUGCUAGAACGUACAGAGUCAGUAACUGAAAUCAAUAAAAGUGAUCAUGCUGCUGCUUGUCUAAGAAGUAGUAUCCUAUUAAGUCUUAUUGAUGAAAAACUGAAAAUAAGGGAUCCUAGAGCAAAGGACUUUGCUGCAAAGUAUCAAACAAUCCCCUUCCUUCCAUUUCUAACAAAACCAGCAGGUUUUUCUUUGGACUGGAAAGGUAACAGCUUUAAGCCUGAAACCAUGUUUGCAGCAACUGACCUUUACACCGCUGAGCAUCAAGAUAUAGUUUGUCUUUUGCAGCCAAUUCUAAAUGAAAACUCACAUUCCUUCAGAGGUUGUGGUUCAGUGCCAUUGGCUGUUAAGGAGUUUUUGGGAUUACUAAGGAAGCCAACAGUUGAUCUGGUUGUAAACCAAUUGAAAGAAGUUGCAAAAUCAGUUAAUGAUGGAAUUACAUUAUACCAGGAGAAUAUCACCAAUGCUUGCUAUAAAUAUCUUCAUGAAGCAAUGAUGCAAAAUGAAAUCACUAAGUUAUCAAUUGUUGAAAAGUUAAAAACCUUUAGCUUCAUUCUAGUUGAGAAUGCAUAUGUUGACUCAGAAAAAGUUUCUUUUCAUUUGAAUUUUGAAGCAGCACCUUACCUUUAUCAGUUGCCUAAUAAAUAUAAAAAUAAUUUCCGUGAACUUUUUGAAAGUGUGGGUGUAAGGCAGUCAUUUACUGUUGAAGAUUUUGCCCUUGUUUUGGAAUCCAUUGAUCAAAAAAGGGGAACAAAGCAAAUAACAGAAGAGACUUUUCAGCUUUGCCGGCGAAUAAUUAGUGAAGGAAUAUGGAGUGUCAUUAGAGAAAAGAAACAAGAAUUUUGUGAGAAAAAUUAUGGCAAAAUAUUAUUGCCAGAUACUAAUCUUAAACUUCUUCCUGCUAAAUCUUUAUGCUACAAUGAUUGUCCCUGGAUAAAAGUAAAGGAUACCACUGUAAAAUAUUGUCAUGCUGAUAUACCCAGGGAAGUAGCUGUAAAACUAGGAGCAGUACCAAAACGGCAUAAAGCCUUAGAAAGAUAUGCAUCCAACAUCUGUUUUACAACACUUGGCUCAGAAUUUGGACAGAAAGAAAAACUCACCAGCAGAAUUAAGAGUAUCCUUAAUGCUUAUCCUUCAGAAAAGGAGAUGUUGAAAGAACUUCUUCAAAAUGCUGAUGAUGCAAAAGCCACAGAAAUCUGUUUUGUGUUUGAUCCUAGACAGCAUCCAGUAGAUAGAAUAUUUGAUGAUAAGUGGGCCCCAUUGCAGGGGCCAGCACUUUGUGUGUAUAACAACCAACCUUUUACAGACGAUGAUGUGAGAGGAAUUCAGAAUCUUGGAAAAGGCACCAAAGAAGGAAAUCCUUAUAAAACUGGACAGUAUGGAAUAGGAUUCAAUUCUGUGUAUCAUAUUACAGACUGUCCUUCUUUUAUUUCUGGCAAUGAUAUCCUGUGUAUUUUUGAUCCUCAUGCCAGAUACGCACCAGGAGCUACAUCCAUUAGUCCUGGACGUAUGUUUAGAGAUUUGGAUGCAGAUUUUAGGACACAGUUCUCAGAUGUUCUGGAUCUUUAUUUGGGAACCCACUUUAAACUGGAUAAUUGCACAAUGUUUAGAUUUCCUCUUCGUAAUGCAGAAAUGGCAAAAAUUUCAGAAAUUUCUUCAGUUCCAUCAUCAGAUAGAAUGGUCCAGAAUCUUUUAGACAAAUUGCGAUCAGAUGGGGCAGAACUUUUAAUGUUUCUUAAUCACAUGGAAAAAAUUUCUAUUUGUGAAAUAGAUAAAACUACUGGAGCUCUAAAUGUUCUGUAUUCCGUAAAGGGAAAAAUCACUGAUGGAGACAGAUUGAAAAGGAAACAAUUUCAUGCAUCUGUAAUUGACAGUGUUACUAAAAAGAGGCAGCUCAAAGAUAUACCAGUUCAACAGAUCACCUAUACAAUGGAUACUGAGGACUCUGAAGGAAAUCUUACUACAUGGCUAAUUUGUAAUAGAUCAGGUUUUUCAAGUAUGGAAAAAGUAUCUAAGAGUGUUAUAUCAGCUCACAAGAACCAAGAUAUUACCCUCUUCCCUCGUGGUGGAGUAGCUGCCUGCAUUACUCACAACUAUAAAAAACCCCACAGGGCCUUCUGUUUUUUGCCCCUCUCUUUAGAGACGGGAUUACCAUUUCAUAUGAAUGGCCACUUUGCUCUAGAUUCAGCCAGAAGAAAUCUGUGGCGUGAUGAUAAUGGAGUUGGUGUUCGAAGUGACUGGAAUAACAGCUUAAUGACAGCAUUAAUAGCUCCUGCAUAUGUUGAAUUACUAAUCCAGUUAAAAAAGCGAUAUUUCCCUGGUUCUGAUCCAACAUUAUCAGUUUUACAGAACACGCCUAUUCAUGUUGUAAAGGACACUUUAAAGAAGUUUUUAUCAUUUUUCCCAGUUAACAGGCUUAAUCUACAACCAGAUUUAUAUUGUCUAGUGAAAGCACUUUAUAGUUGCAUUCAUGAAGAUAUGAAACGUCUUUUACCUGUUGUACGGGCUCCAAAUAUUGAUGGCUCUGAUUUGCAUUCCGCAGUUAUAAUUACUUGGAUUAAUAUGUCUACUUCAAAUAAAACUAGACCAUUUUUUGACAAUUUACUGCAGGAUGAAUUACAACACCUUAAAAAUGCAGAUUAUAAUAUCACAACACGGAAAACAGUAGCAGAAAAUGUCUAUAGACUGAAGCACCUACUUUUAGAAAUUGGUUUCAACUUGGUUUACAACUGUGAUGAAACAGCUAAUCUGUUCCACUGUCUUGUAGAUGCAGAUAUUCCUGUUAGUUAUGUAACUCCUGCUGAUGUUAGGUCUUUUUUAAUGACAUUUUCCUCUCCUGAUACUAAUUGCCAUAUUGGGAAGCUGCCUUGUCGACUCCAGCAGACUAACCUAAAACUUUUUCAUAGUUUAAAACUUUUAGUUGAUUAUUGUUUUAAGGAUGCAGAAGAAAAUGAGAUGGAAGUGGAGGGACUUCCCCUUCUCAUUACACUGGACAGUGUUUUGCAAACUUUUGAUGCAAAACGACCGAAGUUUCUAACAACAUACCAUGAAUUGAUUCCAUCACGCAAAGAUUUGUUCAUGAAUACAUUAUAUUUGAAAUACGGUAAUAUUUUAUUGAACUGUAAAGUUGCAAAAGUGUUUGACAUUUCCAGCUUUGCUGAUUUGUUAUCCUCUGUAUUGCCUCGUGAAUAUAAGACCAAAAAUUGUACAAAGUGGAAAGAUAAUUUUGCAAGCGAGUCCUGGCUUAAGAAUGCAUGGCAUUUUAUCAGUGAAUCUGUAAAUGUGAAAGAAGAACAAGAAGAAACAAAACCAACAUUUGACAUUGUUGUUGAUAUCCUAAAAGACUGGGCAUUGCUUCCAGGAACAAAGUUUACUGUUUCAGCCAAUCAGCUUGUAGUUCCUGAAGGGGAUGUUCUGCUUCCUCUAAGCCUCAUGCAUAUUGCAGUUUUUCCAAAUGCCCAAAGUGAUAAAGUCUUUCAUGCUCUCAUGAAAGCUGGCUGUAUUCAGCUUGCCUUGAACAAAAUAUGUUCAAAAGAUAGUACAUUUGUUCCUCUGUUGUCAUGUCACACAGCAAACAUAGAGAGCCCCACAAGCAUUUUGAGGGCUGUACAUUAUAUGGUUCAAACUUCAACAUUUAGAACUGAAAAAUUAGUAGAAAAUGACUUUGAAGCACUUUUGAUGUAUUUCAACUGCAAUUUGAGUCACUUGAUGUCCCAAGAUGAUGUAAAAAUUUUAAAGUCACUUCCAUGCUACAAAUCCAUCAGUGGUCGCUACAUGAGCAUUGCAAAAUUUGGAACAUGCUAUGUACUUACAAAAAGUAUUCCUUCAGCUGAAGUGGAAAAGUGGACACAAUCAUCAUCAUCUGCAUUUCUUGAAGAAAAAAUACACUUAAAAGAACUAUAUGAGGUGCUUGGUUGUGUACCUGUAGACGAUUUAGAGGUAUAUUUGAAACACCUAUUACCAAGAAUUGAAAAUCUCUCAUAUGAUGCAAAAUUAGAACAUUUGAUCUAUCUUAAGAAUAGAUUAUCAAAUAUUGAGGAAUUGUCAGAGAUCAAAGAACAACUUUUUGAAAAACUGGAAAGUUUAUUGAUAAUCUAUGAUGCUAACAGUCGACUAAAGCAAGCAAAACAUUUCUAUGAUAGAACUGUGAGGGUUUUUGAAGUUAUGCUUCCAGAAAAUUUGUUUAUUCCUAAGGACUUCUUUAAAAAAUUGGAACAACUUAUAAAACCCAAAAAUCAAGUUGCAUUUAUGACCUCCUGGGUGGAAUUCUUAAGAAACAUCGGACUAAAAUACAUGCUUUCUCAGCAGCAGUUAUUACAGUUUGCUAAGGAAAUCUCAGUGAGAGCAAAUACAGAAAACUGGUCUAAAGAGACUUUGCAAAAUACAGUUGAUAUACUUCUCCAUCAUAUAUUCCAAGAACGAAUAGACUUGUUAUCUGGAAAUUUUUUGAAAGAACUGUCUUUAAUACCAUUCUUAUGUCCCGAGCGAGCCCCUGCUGAAUUCAUUAGAUUUCAUCCUCAAUAUCAAGAGGUAAAUGGAACACUUCCUCUUAUAAAGUUCAGUGGAGCACAAGUGAAUCCAAAAUUCAAACAAUGUGAUGUACUUCAGUUGUUAUGGACAUCCUGCCCUAUUCUUCCAGAGAAAGCCACACCUUUGAGUAUCAAAGAACAAGAAGGUAGUGACCUUGGUCCUCAAGAACAGCUUGAACAAGUCUUGAGUAUGCUUAAUGUUAACCUGGACCCCCCUCUUGAUAAAGUCAUUAAUAACUGCAGAAACAUAUGCAACAUUACAACUUUGGAUGAAGAAAUGGUUAAAACGAGAGCAAAGGUCUUAAGGAGCAUAUAUGAAUUUCUCAGUACAGAAAAAAGGGAGUUUCGUUUUCAGCUGCGGGGGGUUGCUUUUGUGAUGGUAGAAGAUGGUUGGAAACUUCUGAAGCCUGAAGAGGUGGUGAUAAAUCUAGAAUAUGAAUCUGAUUUUAAACCUUAUUUGUACAAACUACCUUUAGAACUUGGUACCUUUCAUCAGUUGUUCAAACAUUUAGGUACUGAAGAUAUUAUUUCAACUAAGCAAUAUGUUGAAGUGUUGAGCCGCAUAUUCAAAAGUUCUGAAGGAAAACAAUUAGAUCCUAAUGAAAUGCGUACAGUUAAAAGAGUAGUUUCUGGCUUGUUCAAGAGUCUACAAAAUGAUUCAGUAAAGGUGAGGAGUGAUCUUGAGAAUGUACGCGACCUUGCACUUUACCUUCCAAGCCAGGAUGGUAGAUUGGUCAAGUCCAGCAUCUUAGUGUUUGACGAUGCGCCACAUUACAAAAGUAGAAUCCAGGGGAAUAUUGGUGUGCAAAUGUUGGGCUUAGCCAGUUUUUACCACGGAUUUCAUACUAAGUUGAUAAUGCUUUUUCCUCAAAAACUCAGACCUCGUUUAUUGAGCAGUAUUCUUGAAGAGCAGUUAGAUGAGGAGACCCCCAAAGUUUGUCAGUUUGGAGCCUUGUGUUCUCUCCAGGGAAGACUGCAGUUACUCUUGUCUUCUGAACAAUUCAUUACAGGACUAAUUAGAAUUAUGAAGCAUGAAAAUGAUAAUGCAUUCCUGGCCAAUGAAGAAAAAGCCAUAAGACUUUGCAAAGCUCUAAGAGAAGGAUUGAAAGUGUCCUGUUUUGAAAAGCUUCAAACAACAUUAAGAGUUAAAGGUUUUAAUCCUAUUCCCCAUAGUAAAAGUGAAACUUUUGCUUUUUUGAAGAGAUUUGGUAAUGCUGUCAUCCUGCUCUACAUACAACAUUCAGACAGUAAAGACAUUAAUUUCCUAUUAGCAUUAGCUAUGACGCUUAAAUCAGCCACAGACAAUUUGAUUUCUGAUACUUCAUAUUUAAUUGCUAUGCUAGGAUGCAAUGAUAUUUAUAGAAUCAGUGAGAAACUUGACAGUUUAGGAGUAAAAUAUGACUCUUCAGAACCAUCAAAACUUGAACUUCCAAUGCCGGGCACUCCAAUACCUGCUGAAAUUCAUUAUACUUUGCUUAUGGAUCCAAUGAAUGUUUUCUACCCAGGAGAAUAUGUUGGGUACCUUGUUGAUGCUGAAGGUGGUGAUAUCUAUGGAUCAUACCAGCCAACAUACACAUAAGCAAUUAUUGUACAAGAAGUUGAAAGAGAAGAUGCUGACAAUUCUAGUUUUCUAGGAAAGAUCUAUCAGAUUGAUAUUGGUUAUAGUGAAUAUAAAAUAGUUAGCUCUCUUGAUCUGUAUAAGUUUUCAAGGCCUGAGGAAAGCUCUCAAAGCAGAGACAGUGCCCCUUCUACACCAACCAGCCCUACAGAGUUUCUAGCACCUGGUGUACGAAACAUUCCUCCUCUUUUCUCUGGAAAAGAAAGCCAUAAGACCUCAUCUUCAAAACAUCAUUCUCCCAAAAAGCUUAAGGUAAAUUCUUUACCAGAGAUUUUAAAAGAAGUGACAACAGUAGUGGAGCAAGCUUGGAAGCUUCCAGAAUCUGAAAGAAAAAAGAUUAUUAGACGGUUAUAUUUGAAAUGGCACCCUGACAAAAAUCCAGAGAAUCAUGACAUUGCUAAUGAGGUUUUUAAACAUUUGCAGAAUGAAAUUAACAGAUUAGAGAAACAGGCUUUUCUAGAUCAAAAUACAGACAGAGCCUCAAGGCGGACAUUUUCAACCUCAGCAGCCCGAUUUCAGUCAGACAAGUACUCGUUUCAAAGAUUUUAUACUUCAUGGAAUCAAGAAGCAACAAGCCAUAAAUCUGAAAGGCAACAACAAAAUAAAGAAAAAUGCCCACCCUCAGCUGGACAGACUUACUCCCAACGGUUCUUUGUUCCUCCAACUUUCAAGUCAGUUGGUAAUCCAGUUGAAGCACGUAGGUGGUUGAGACAAGCCAGAGCAAAUUUUUCAGCUGCCAGGAAUGACCUUCAUAAAAAUGCCAAUGAAUGGGUAUGCUUUAAAUGUUACCUUUCUACUAAAUUAGCUUUGAUUGCUGCUGACUAUGCUGUGAGGGGGAAGUCUGAUAAAGAUGUAAAGCCAACUGCACUUGCACAAAAAAUAGAGGAAUAUAGUCAGCAACUUGAAGGACUGACAAAUGAUGUCCACACAUUGGAAGCUUACGGUGUAGACAGUUUAAAAACAAGAUAUCCUGACUUGCUUCCUUUCCCACAGAUUCCAAAUGACAGGUUUACUUCUGAGGUUGCUAUGAGGGUGAUGGAAUGUACUGCCUGUAUCAUAAUAAAACUUGAAAAUUUUAUACAACAAAAAGUGUGAAAGUAUUUAAGAAAAAAAGUAGAGCUAGAUCUUGAAUGUGUUAUAACACAAAUAUGAAUUGCUGUCCUUCCUGACUUCAUUGCCACUUAUUUAGGAAUUGUAGAUUGUGAAGAAUUUUGGAGUUCUUAUGAAUAUCAGUAUCAAUAGAAGAUCUUUACAGAAUCUAAAAGAAAAUUAUUUUGAAGAUGGUGGUGAACUGAAAAAUUGCUAGAUGUAUUUGAAUGGCUAGGAUGGCACCAUUUUGAACUGCACUUUAUAUCAUCAAAGCUUAGCAGUUUGUUAGAGAAGAAUAUGUCUCUGUUUAGGGUAAAUUUUAUGUUUUUAACAUGGUAAUUUUGAAGGGGCUAAUGAAACACUGGAAUAUCAUUGCUUUAAACAAAUAAGGGGAAUUAAGUCUUGGAAUUUUAUCCUUUAUUUAAAUGGAUCAUCUUGGAUGUGCUGUUUUAUUAUCAGCUGGAUCUGAUUAUGAAUUUGUUGCAAUUUUACGUCCUAAAUACUCAGUACAUUUAAAAAAUGGUACCAUAUUUUAAAUCCUGAAUAUUACUUGACUUAGAAUAGGCAGAUAGUACUUCUAGGGUGCACUGAGUGCACAUUGCAUCUUUAUUCUAAAAGUUUUUUACACCUAAUGUUUACAGGUUUCCUCUUUCAUGAAGAUAGCAUAUGGAAAACUCAAAAUUGUGGCAGUUCUUAUCACCAGAUGUUAUUAUAUUGCUUCCAAGAACUGCUUACCAAAACAACAUUUAUCAACUGAUAGAACAUUUGCUUUAAGUUUGUACAUAUUUUCCACAAGUGUCAUAAUUUAUAUAGUGUGGUUGAGCAGGAUGCAAUCCUUUGUUGUCUAAAGGUGCUGCAGUUAAAAAAAAUCUUUUGUCUUUCAACAUGGCACUUGGUGGAGCCUUUUGGAGUUUACUUUGGAAAACAUUGAAAAAAAAUGUAUUGUGACAAUAUCCAGUAGUUUAUAAAAGAGGAAUUAUCAGCUUGUAUUUUUCCCAUGAGUGAUUCGAACUGACAACUAAAUUAUGUUUGAAUGUCCUACCAUAGGUAUUUACUUAACAUAUUUCUUUUGAAGAAUGUAAAAGAAAGGUAAUGAUAAUUAGUUUAAAUACAUGUGCAGGCUAUAAAUGAUGCUAAAUAUAAUAUUUUAUGCAAUUAAAGACUUAUGGAACAAUAAAACUUUUUUACUUUUAUUGGUAAUAAGGAAUGCACCUCCAUGAUUCUAUUGUUUCUGGAUGUGAAGCCCUAUAAUUAUUUCUGCUGUUAUGUUAAGUGCCAUAAUUUUAAUAAAGCAAAUAUACAUAUGAAA